AUGGAUCCUGAUGGGGGGUCAUCAAACAUAUUUCCUAUGGAUCCAUUGGUGCCGCAUGGUAUGGGAGCCCAUUUUUUGUCGCACGUUACCUCUUUUAUUGACUGUUCCAAACACUUGUACGUGUCUGGAAGUACAGCACUUGAUGAAGCUGUCAGUUGCGUUUCAAAGGUCGCCGGCGGUUUGCUGAUUUGGUUUGCCAGAGGUUCGAAUUUGAAUAAUACUAUUCACAGAACUCGUCGUUUGACUUCUAGGAAUCCAAGAAGCAUUACCCAGUUAAAGCCUGUUUUUUCUGGCGGAUCAAAAUCAAUUGGAGUUUUUGGGAAUUGUAGAAGUGAUGGGAUGUUUGGAGUCCCUUUUGCAUGGUUUUCUAUGAAACAACUGUGUAAAGAAGCACAUCAGAUAUUUUCCUUUUCACCUCUUCUAUUAGCUGCCGCCCUGAUACCUCCGCUUAACAAUGUAUGUCCAGUCGUUAUGGCUGUUCCCGUGGAGACCGCCGAACUUGAAACUCAGAGCUGCCUCUGCCAAAGACCUAGUGAGAUUGAACAUCAGCGGAGCAGUUGUAUCAAUCUUCGUAGUUUGAGUUGGGCUGGUCAUGCUGUGGAGCCAAGAACUGGCGUCGUGUUUCCUACUGUCUUGGAAAACAUAGCUGGAGAAAAUGAUAACUCUAAUUUUUCAUCAGAGAUCCUUGUUGGGACUGGAUCAAGAAUAAUGAAGAUCAUCAGAAUAAAAUCUCUGAAAGUCUAUGCAUUUGGUUUUUAUAUUCAUCCUGAGGAUGUCUGUGAGAAACUUGGUCCAAAAUAUGCGUCUCUUCCCUUCUCCGAGUUGAACAAAUCUGGUAACUUUUAUGAAGACCUCCUCAGGGAAGACAUCAAUAUGACUGUCAGGCUUGUGGUUAGUUGCAACGGGAUUAAAUUUAACACUGUCAAAGAGGCUUUCGAGAAAUCUCUUCGAGCUCGAUUACAGAAGGCACUGACUACAGCUGCCUACAAAGUUUUCGUUCUAUUUUUCAAGAUGACAUUCCUUUGCAAGUGGGAACUACAAUCAGUUUCCGCCGCACGGCUGAUGGAUGUUUCAUUACUGAAAUUGGGAACAACAAGCUCGGAGCAGUCCACAGCAAGGAGUUAUGCAAGACAAUAUAUCUUAAUUUGGGUUGGUUUCUUGAAUGGUGUUUUAUUGUUAAUGUUAUGUGGUGGUGUGAAUGGAGAAUUCAAUUACCAAGAUGCACUUAGCAAGUCAAUCAUAUUCUUAGAAGCACAAAGAUCAGGGAAGCUCCCUCCCAACCACAGGCCUUCUUGGAGAGGUGAUUCUGGCCUUCAAGAUGGCAAGCUUGCCGGUGUGGACCUGGUGGGAGGAUACUAUGAUGCAGGGGACAACGUCAAAUAUGGACUACCCAUGGCAUUCACCGUUACCACAUUAUCAUGGGCCGCAAUUUUCUAUCAGUCAGAGCUUCAAUCAACAGGCGAAUUGAAGAAUGUUCAUUCUGCUAUUCGAUGGGGCACUGAUUAUUUACUCAAAGCUAGUUUCAAAAGAAAUAUAUUGUAUGUUCAGGAUGGAAAUCCAAAUAAAGAUCAUGAAUGUUGGAUGAGGCCAGAAAACAUGAACACUCCAAGAACCGUGUUGCAAAUUGACCAAAAUAGGCCUGGAACUGAAAUCGCAGCUGAGACUUCUGCAGCAUUAGCAGCUUCUAGUAUCGUAUUUAGACAUGUAGAUAAUGCCUAUUCUCGUCAACUCGUCAAAAGGGCUAAAAACAUAUUCCAAUUCGCCAAGACUUACAAAGGGACCUAUGAUGGAGAGUGCCCCUUCUAUUGCUCAUUCUCAGGCUAUAAUGAUGAGUUAUUAUGGGCAGCAACGUGGCUAUUCUUUGCCACUAAAAGCUCCGUAUAUUUGGAUUACAUCAAAGAAGAGGCCAUUACUGCCACUGUUUCUGAAUUCAGUUGGGAUAUCAAAUAUGCAGGAGCCCAAGUUCUACUUUCAGAGUUAUAUUGGAAAGGGGAUAAAGAACUAAGUAACUACAAGCAGCAGGCUGAUAAUUUUGUUUGCUCCAUACUUCCUGAUAGCCCUUCUCACCAGGUCUACAUCACUCCAGGGGGAAUGAUUCACUUGAGAGAUGGAGCAAACACACAAUAUGUCACUAGCACUGCUUUCCUCUUCAGUGCCUAUAGUGAUCUCUUAGCCAAACACAACCAACAAGUCAAUUGUGGCAACAAAGCAUUCACCUCUUCCCAACUUAUGGCUUUUGCCAAACAACAGAUGGAUUAUCUAUUGGGUAAAAAUCCACUGGGAAGAUCAUACAUGGUUGGAUUUGGUCAAAACCCACCAAGACAAGCCCACCACAGGGGAGCUUCUGUACCCAAAACACUUCCCAACAAAGAGGUUAGCUGCCCAAUGACGUUCACUUAUUGGUUUAACAAGAAUGUACCCAAUCCAAAUGAGUUAACUGGAGCCAUAGUUGGUGGGCCGGACCGUAACGACAAGUUUGUUGAUCAGAGGUCUAAUUCUGUCAUGACUGAGCCCACAACAUAUACCAAUUCAUUGGCCAUUGGUGUGCUUGCUAAGCUUGCUAAACAUCAUUCUUCUUCCUAA